AUGACCAACGCACCUGUGAAAAAAGUCCCCAUCCAUUUACAGAGUUCCCAGAACCGCCUUCUCAUCAAGAAUGGACGAGUUGUCAACGACGACGGUAUGGAGGACGCUGACGUUUACAUCGAGGACGGGGUCAUCAAGCAAGUCGGCCGAAACCUGAUCAUCCCUGGUGGUACCCGUACCAUCGACGCGACAGGCAAGCUCGUGAUGCCGGGUGGAAUUGAUCCUCACACCCACUUCGAGCUCGAGAUGAUGGGUGCUAAAACUGCUGAUGACUUCUAUAAGGGAACUAGGGCGGCUGUCGCUGGUGGUACUACCACUAUAAUGGACUUCGUGCUGCCUGAGAAAGGACAAUCGUUAAUUGAAGCAUACAACAAUUGGAGACAAAAGGCCGAUGGAAAGGUCUGUUGCGACUACGCACUACACGUUGGAGUGACGUGGUGGUCCCCAUCAGUGAAGAAAGAGAUGCAGCAGUUGGUGGCAGAGCAUGGCGUCAAUUCCUUUAAGAUGUUCAUGGCCUACAAAGAUGCAUGGAUGCUGGGAGAUUAUGAUCUGUGCUUGGCUUUUGAAACUUGUGCAGAGUUGAGGGCUUUACCCCUGGUGCACGCAGAAAACGGUAACAUAAUAGCUCGUAACACGGAGAAGUUGCUGGCAGCCGGCGUCACCACGCCCGAGGGACACGAGCUGUCCAGGAAUGAGGAGGUGGAAGCAGAGGCGGUGAACCGAGCUUGUGUUAUUGCUAACCAGAUGCACACCCCCCUCUACAUAGUGCAUAUGAUGUCUAAAAGCGCGGUACAAGCGCUUAGACUAGCUCGGACUAGGCAAAAGCAGCCCCUCUUUGGAGAAACCCUCGCAGCAACUGUUGGGACUGAUGGUACCCACUAUAAGAACGCUUGCUUCCGGCACGCGGCCGCGCACGUGCUGUCGCCGCCGCUGCGCCCCGACCCCGCCACGCCCGACGCCAUCGUCGACGCGCUCGCGCACGAUGAUCUCCAACUGAUCGGUAGUGACAACUGCACUUUUCACGAGAAGGACAAGGAAAUGGGGAAGGACAACUUCUGCAAGAUCCCCAAUGGGGUGAACGGGGUAGAAGAUCGAAUGGCUAUCCUCUGGCAGAAAGCUGUUAAUACUGGCGUGAUGGACCCGUGCCGCUUCGUGGCGGUGACGAGCACGAACGCGGCGCGCAUCUUCAACAUGUACCCUUCGAAGGGGCGCGUGGCGGAGGGCGCGGACGCCGACGUGGUGGUGUGGGACCCGCGCGCCGAGCGCGUCAUCUCCGCCGCCUCGCACCAUCACGCUGUGAACUUCAACAUAUUCGAGGGUCAGCGUGUGGUGGGCAGCCCGCAGUACGUCAUUGUAAAUGGUCGCGUCUGUCUCGACGAUGGCGACCUACGAGUUGCCGAAGGAUUCGGCAGAUUUAUAAAGACGCCAGCAAACUCCCCGUACGUGUACGGCGGGGAGGUGCCCAUGACGCCGCAGCCGUCGCCGCAGCCGCCGCACUCCCCGCACUCCCCCGGCAGGGUCACCAAUGGAACACCCACCGAGCUGAGCCUGGUGAACAAGCAGCUGGAGAGCGUGUCUGUAGGCGGGUCGGGCUGCAGCACGCCCACGGGCCGCCGCAUGCGCGAGCCCGGACAGCGCGACAUGCAGACCUCGUCCUUCUCCAUCAGCAAGGAAAUAGAAGGUCUGGAUACCAAAACCUCAGUGCGUGUCCGAAAUCCGCCCGGCGGAAAGUCGUCCGGCCUCUGG